AUGGCCUACCAGACUAUGAAACGGGGGUUGCGGUCUUUCUUUGGAACAAAUGUUUUCACUCUGAAGGAGUAUCUUGAGGUGGUGGAUGAGAGGUUGGGUGACGUGUUCAUAGGCACGUAUGUCGGUCCAGCUGCUGUCCUUAAUCCGAGGUAUGCAUAUACGAUGGAUCCAACUCCAGAAAUGUUUCGUGGACUCAAGGAUACAUUUCAGCGCAUGACGGAUCUCCCGAGCGCCGUGCAGUCAUUGCAGGAGCUUGAUCUGUUUCGGCAGAAGGUUAGCGAGUUUGGCGGUGAAAUGGCAAUGGACCCAAGGACAUCCCCAUCGUCUUGGUGGAUGAUGUUCGGAUCAAGUACUCCAAAGCUACAGUACCUUGCCAUGCGGCUUGUUUCACAAUGUUGUUCGUCCAGUGGAUGCGAGCGGAACUGGAGUACUUUUGUCUUGCUACAUACAAAUGUUCACAAUCGGUUGUCGCACAAGAAACUUAACAAGCUUGUCUAUGUCAACUAUAACCUUUGUCUCCGACUUGAGGAGGUCUCCGACCCACCGAUGCGUGAAGAACGUGAUUUCAUUGACCAGCUGGCCCAUCUUUCUUUCUAUGAUGAGAAUAAUCCGGUGCGGGAAUGGAUGAAAUAUGAUAGAUCUAACCGGGCUCCAGUUCUGGACGAGGAUGAUGAUGACGGCGACGUCCCUCUUCCAUCCCAUAUUAUCCUAUUCGGCAGUAUCCUUGAUCUCAUGACUGAAGCUACUGACAUCAACGGGUAA